AUGAGUUCCGGCAGUUAUACCGUUCGUCUUGAUUCGUACACAACGGGCGGCAACUCUCAAACAUAUUCAGUUACCGACAAUUCAACCGGAAAAACAACCGUUACCGCGUUUGCCGGCAUUACUCCUGAAGCGCUCGCACAAUAUGAUCUGGCACAUGGCAACGUUUCCGCCGCAAAGAUGGAUACAGCAAUAGCAAAAUAUGCUUCAGACAACCAAUUAAGCGAGAAAUACGGGGAUAAAACCGGCGUAAACUACUAUAAUUGGGACGGAUGGACUUAUAACGCUCAGACUGGAAAAGUGGACAGGCCGGAUAACGCUAUAGUAAGUACGGGAACGUAUUUUCUGGACGGAAACGGAACCAUGGAGACUGCAUCAGCAGUUAGUUCAUCAUCGUAUAAUGUCACGAAUUCCGGCGGAACGCUUACGGCGUCUUCUUCUGGUGUUUCCGGGGGUGGUGGUGUAAGCACCGGUUUAUCUGUUGUUGGAAGCGGAAACAAUCAAUCUGUAGGGGGUGGCGGCAUUGGUGGCGCUGUUCUCGGUGGCGUUGAUUGGGUGCUUAAUGGCGUUGAUUCGAUUGGAGAACAAGGAAUUGUCGGGCAGAUACUUCAGACUGGAAUUGAAUUUUUUGCUCCUCUGGACGCUUUCAGGCUCGGUGAAAAACUCGCGAAAGGGGAAGAAACCAACUUUUGGGACUAUUUCUUAGCCGAUGUAGAUGUACUUGCCAUUAUUCCCGUGUUCGGGUGGGUCGCCAAGGGUGUUAAAACGGCAAUAAAAGCGGCUGUAGGUAUUGGAACGGUUGCCGGCGGAAUUGGUCAGGGAAUAUCAGAGGCAAAUAAACUAAUUGCUGAAGAUACGACAUUCUCCGAUUCGCUUGAGAACAAUGUUAUCGAUACCAUGCGGGGUGAUACUACGAUAAUUUUAGAUAAAUCAGAUACUAAAGAGAACGUGUUCAGGUCUAACACGUCAAAAAUUAUUGGUGACAGCAAUUUAACGCAAAGCGCAAAACUCACUAAUAAUCAGGGGGUCGUUGAACAGCAUGAAAAGGACGAACUGGAUUUAUCGGACGCUCUAAACAAUGUUUUCAACGGUACAUUCUACGACAAUCCCGACAAUUACGGAAGUGUUUCCGGCGGUUCUGGGGUCACAAUUAAUACCAUGACAUCAGGCGGCAGUUCCAUUAGUGACAUCAUCGAACGGGCAAAGCCGUAUCUACCUAUUAUUGGCGCUGUUGUCGUUAUCCUUAUUGUUAUUGGUGCUUCCAAGAAAGGAGGUACAAAAUUAGCAACAUUUGCAACAAACCAAAAAACAAAGGUAGUAAAUAAACAAGCGGCGGCACAAGAGAAAAAGAAUGAAGCCAAUGCUAAUCUUACUAAGGCUAACUCUCGCUUAACGUCAGCGAAACAAGGUUCAACUGGAGCACCGAAGCCGGCGACCUCUCCAAAUACAACUCUUCAGGGCACAUCGGGAACGCCGAAAACUACAACUCAGCAAACAUCAGGUCUGAAGAAUACCUCAAAUUCCAUCGGGAAAAGCAUUGCCAAAACUACCCUUACAACGGUCGGAACUUCGGCGGCGGUGGUCGGCGGAACUAUGGCGUUCUCAAAUCUGCUUCCGACAUUGACGGAUAAGGCAACCGAAUUAUUUGGUGGUUCUGGAAACUCUUCCGUAAUUGAUGGCGCCGGUGUACUCGGUGACGGUUUAUAUUCUCCUUACCAGUACGAUAGCCUAUACUCAAACGGUGAUGCUGGAUAUGGAGAGACUGGAUAUGUAGAGGGUGAUCUGUAUGGCGAUGAGGGCGGCACUGGUGGCGGCGGUGUAUUUGAUACUAUACGUCCGUAUAUUCCCGUUAUUCUCGGUGUAAUUGCUGUUAUCGUCAUAAUCGCUCUGGUCACAAGAAAACCAAAGAACAAGAAAACAUCAAGAGGGAAACAGAUUGGAUCUUCUGUCGGUCAAAUCGUAAAAUCAAAGCCGGUGAAAAUAGCGGUCGGAACUGCGGCGUUAGGUGGCGGUCUGUAUGUUGCCGGAACUGCCGCCGGAGCCGGUGCUUCUAAUUUUGUCGAUUCUUCAGGAUUGGGUGGGCUUGUCACUCUCUUUAAUCCAAAGGCAACACAAGAACAGAAACAAGGUGCUGGCGGUCUGAUUGGUAUUUUCAUCGCUAUUAUUGUGGUUCUGCUCGUUGUUUUCUUGAUAUUGCCUCAAAUAAAGAAGGUGAUGAAAAAGUGA